CAACCCUGUCCACAGAAUUACGACCACACAAGUUUUUAUCCGAUUAAAGAUUUCGGUAUCAAUGAUCUCCCCAAGGAUUACAAGGAUGAAACAUUGCUGGAAAUCAUCUACGCGUACGCAGCACUGACAGUACGAGUAUAUCUGAAAAAUAAAAGCCCGAGUCGAGCCAUCGAUAAAAGUGUCCGAGGUGAGCAGUACAGCGAGGAAGACGAGGACGGCGAAGGCAAUGUGGGAACCGGGUAUAUUCACAGCAUAUUUUCAGAAUACAAAGAAAAUGACAAGAAAAGAUGCCAAUGCAUCAAGUGCCGGGACUCGCCAGAGAAGGCCAGCGCGGUGUGGUGGCUCCUUACUGUGUACAGCGCGCAUCACGUCGUAUGCGAUGACUUUGAAGCCAAACAAGCGCGGUGUCGAUUAUUUUAUGACGAGGAACCAAAGUCAAAAUCCGACUCAGAAGACGUCGCGUUAGGUCACCGAGAAUCGCCUCAACCUGUUUUUAUAGACGGAUACAAAAUGAUCCGAUACGCCAGCGAAGACGACAGGUGCCGGUUCGUGUGUGCCACAUGUGACUCGGUGCUGGUCCAGCGAUUAAAAUCGAUUUGGGCAAAUUUGGAGACCCUCAACAAAUCUCUACCGAAACAGUACGUCAAGGGCAAAGACGUGGGCAAACCGUGCUUCAUUGUGUCCCACCCACACCGUCGUGCCAAGCACGUCACAGUCGGGAAAGUGAUAUCAAAAGAGAAAGGAAGGUACAAAUACGACAAUGCCACUUGCAAAGGAUCGAGCGGGGGUCCCGUUUAUAUCGUGGGUAAA